UUGGCGUGGGAAGGAGCGAAGUUGUUGUCGAAGAGGGCGCAGACUGCAGACAGCGAGCAGAGCAGGGGGUGUGUGCGCUUUGGCCAGAAAUUCACUUAGGAAAGCAGCGUGGAUGAGACAGGCAAACUGGCGCACUACAACAUGGCAUCGGGGGACACUCUGUACAUUGAGACAGAUGGCUCGGAAAUGCCCGCAGAAAUAGUGGAAUUGCACGAAAUUGAGGUUGAGACUAUACCCGUGGAGACUAUCGAGACUACGGUGGUUGGUACGGAUGAGGACGACGACGGGCAGCCGAUGAUCGCGCUUCAGCCGCUGGUUACAGACGACCCGAGCAUGCACCAUCACCAAGAAGUUAUUUUGGUGCAAACCCGCGAGGAGGUGGUCGGAGGAGACGACUCGGACUUGCACGCAGAUGGAGGUGGGGGGUUCGAAGAUCAGAUCCUCAUCCCGGUACCUGCUCCGGGAGUUGAGGACGAAUACAUCGAGCAGACUUUGGUGACUGUGGCCGGGAAAGGCGCAAUGGGUCGGGUGAAGCGAGCAGGCGGCGCCGGUGGGAAAAAAUCCGGCAAAAAGAGUUAUUUAAGCGGUGCGGACGCCGGGGGACGCAAAUGGGAGCAGAAACAAGUGCAAAUUAAGACUUUGGAAGGGGAAUUUUCUGUCACAAUGUGGGCGUCGGGAUACUCUGAAGACAUUGAUCAUGAGUCUGUGGUGGAGGAGCAGAUCGUGGGAGAGAACUCGCCUCCAGACUACUCCGAGUACAUGACGGGGAAGAAGCUGCCCCCUGGUGGUAUCCCUGGAAUCGACCUGUCCGACCCCAAACAGCUCGCCGAGUUUGCCAGGAUGAAACCCAGAAAAAUCAAAGAAGACGAUGCUCCGCGGACAAUAGCCUGUCCUCACAAAGGCUGUACAAAGAUGUUCAGGGAUAACUCUGCCAUGAGGAAGCACCUGCACACUCACGGGCCGAGGGUUCACGUCUGUGCAGAGUGUGGAAAGGCGUUUGUGGAGAGCUCCAAACUAAAGAGGCACCAGCUCGUCCACACGGGGGAGAAGCCUUUCCAGUGUACUUUCGAAGGCUGUGGAAAGCGUUUUUCUCUGGACUUCAACCUGCGCACACACGUCCGGAUCCACACAGGAGACCGGCCGUACGUCUGCCCCUUCGACGGCUGCAAUAAGAAGUUUGCUCAGUCCACCAACCUCAAGUCUCACAUCCUCACACACGCCAAGGCCAAAAACAACCAAUGAGAAGGCCCCAAAGAAGGCUUCAGUGGACUCCAAUCUGAAAAACUAUUCAAAUGGCCCCUCACAAACACUUCAAAAGACUGAUUUGUGAAAGAUUCGGCUUUAAAGGUGCACUCUGUAGCUUUUCUGCAUCUGCUUGUCUCCGUGGAGAUGUUAUUGCUUUGUGAGAAUGAUACACAGUAUGGCAUUAAGCUUAAAGGUGCUGUACCUGAUUUUUAUUGCCUUAAAAACAUGAAAAAUAGAGCUAGUUCAUUUUAAACGAUUUGCAGUGGUCCAAAGUUAUUCCUCACUUUUCUUAUGCGUUCUGAGGAUCCUAAUUAUUCACCACAAUGGUUUUAUAAACACUUUUCACAUCAACAAUUACCAUGCUAACACACACUUCCUGAUUCACGAAUUUUAAAAAGCUUUAUAAUUGGAUGCAAACAGUACACAGCAGAAAUAUCUACACAAACAAGCAGGUAAAUGGUACUAGACAAAGUUACUAGUCAGAUCUGUGGAGUGGCGAGCAUGCUCACACUCAGGAGACAUGUUUGUAAAGGUGUUUUUAAAGGUGAUUUUUAGCAAUAAUUAGAAUUUGAAUGGGAAAAAGAAAUGUCUGAUGCCACACUGGGGAACAUUCCAGAGAAAGCAAUAACAGCAGCUUUAUGAAAGUUACACACUGCAGCUUUAAAGGUGUGGUAAAGCUUGUGUUACUUUUCUGGGAUGUUCCACAGUAUGGCAUUAAGCAAGUAUAUCUUGUAUUUAUUCGAGUACAGGUGUUUUUUUGUUUUUUUCUCAAAACUACCGCAUUAUGUCUGUGAGUAGAAUCUGACCUUUAACUUGACCUGGUGAUGGGGGAAAAAAACAACAUGGAGUCAAGCAGGUGGCGCACCCUCUACUAGACAAGUUACACAAUGCACCUUUAAGCCCAGUUUUCCUGCAUCCACACUUGUCCUGCUGUCUGAUCGGACGAGGAAGACUGACUGAUAUAAACACGCCCCCUACUGGCCCCGAUGGCACUUUGCAGCCAGACGAAGGAACUUGAAAAACAUCGGAAUAAUAUUUUUACCUGAACGCUGAGGGAAUGGCAGCGGAUUUAAAGGUCCUAUAUUACGCAAAACUGACCUCUUUUGAGCUUUAAGCCACGUUAUAAUGUUGUUGCCUCCUCUGAAACAUACCUGGAGUUGUGUUUUGUUUCAUUCACACAUGUUUGAUUAACCCUUUAUCAUUACUUUAUCUACAUCUCGAAAUCUUAAAAUGCUUUGCUCCACCUUGUGAUGUCACGAAGCGGUAGUUUUCAAGUUAACAGCUACGUUUUUAACCUUUUGUUUAGUAGAGAUUGGAAAUUCCAGGGCUGAAAUGAUCCACAUGAUUCUAGUGAAGGUGUAUAGAGUUUAAAAACACUUCCUGUAUCACCAUGUUACAUCACAAGUUGGAACAGUGUGUUUUCUGUUUGAGAGAACUCAGCCUAAAUAUGCAGGAUUUCUGUGUUAAACAUGUGUGAGUGAAACAAAACACAAAUCCAGGUCUGUUUGUGAUGAGGAAUCGACAUUGUAACAGAUCAGAAAGUAGCGUAAUAUGAGACCUUUAAUUGUAAUUUUAUUUUGUCACAUAGCUUUUAUUUUAUGAGUGCGCAUAUUGUACACUUAACUUGGGCUAUGUUCAGAAGAAUGGUGUUUUGUUUUCAAACUGCAUUAUGAGAUCGUACUAUUAUUAUAUUAUUAUUAUUAUAAACAAAUUUGUGUGACCUGUUUCACUUAUAACACAAUGGGAAACGUUUUUGCAUUUUCAUACCCUUUAGUUGUAAUUCUCUAACCACCGAAUAACCUGUAUACUUGUAUUGUAUGGCUGUAUUCAAUAGACAAUAGCUAGAGGUGUGAUUCAAGUGAUAACCGAUUUAGUCAGUUGCUUUCUAUUUUCUAUGAACUGUCUUUACACAGAUUAACACAAAUAUUAUAGUCCCACCCAGAGCCCGCUUCGGUUUGAAAUGACUGCAAGAUCUGCACUUGUUUGUCAGAAUGUAUUGUACAGACUUUGGACAUUAACCUUUUCUUUGGUAUUGGCUCCCGUGUAUCCCGACUGCCCACAAUAAACUGGGUAAUUCAAACCUGUUACAAA